UUCUCUUCUCAUAAUCAUACACAAACUUGAUUUCCAGAGCCUUCUUUCUUUAUACUUCUUUGUCUUCAAAAUUAAGACUUGAAUCGAGAUCAAUUUAAAAUGAACCAGCUGAAGGAAAAGCCAAUCAUCAUCCGUCAAGUUUGGGCAUCCAAUUUAGAGGUUGAAUUUGAUCUCAUCCGUCAAGUUGUCAAUCAAUAUCCUUUCAUCUCCAUGGAUACCGAAUUUCCCGGCGUAAUUUAUUCACCCAAAGUUGACCGCUGUAAUCUUAAACCCUCUGACCACUAUCGUUACUUGAAGGUCAAUGUUGAUGCUCUUAAACUCAUCCAAGUUGGUAUCACCCUAUCUAAUGGUAACGGCAACCUUCCUCAUUUUGGUACAAAUAACCGCUACAUAUGGGAGUUCAACUUUUGCGAUUUUGAUUUUGAGCAUGACCUUUACAAUCAAGACUCAAUUGACAUGCUCUGCCGCCAAGGGAUUGACUUCAAGCGCAAUUUCUCUCAUGGUGUGAAUUCGUCACGUUUUGCUGAAUUCAUGCUCACUUCUGGACUUGUCUUCAACAAAUCAGUUGUUUGGGUCACGUUUCACAGCGCUUAUGAUUUUGGGUAUUUAGUGAAGAUCUUGACUCGAAGGAAUCUGCCGAACCGUUUAGAGGACUUUUUAAAUAUUUUAACAAUAUUAUUUGGAAAAAAUGUUUAUGAUAUGAAACACAUGAUGAGGUUCUGCAACGCUUUGUAUGGUGGUCUCGAGCGAGUCGCUAGUACACUUAAUGUGUGUCGAGCUGUUGGAAAGUCGCAUCAAGCUGGAUCAGAUAGUUUGUUGACAUGGCAUGCAUUUAAGAAAAUGAUGGAUACUCAUUUCUUGAAUAAUGAGGCUCAAAAACACGCUGGGGUACUAUUUGGAUUAGAAAUUGCGACUUAGUAGUGAAUUGUAUACAAGAAAGCUGUAACAAAAUUUUUUAUAUUAUACAUUCUUUGAUUAUUUACAUGUUUUUAAGAAUUAUUCUCAUCAUCAAAACACACUUUUAUGUACAAACAAGGUUUCACUUUUUAAUCUCAAUCAUUACAAGUUCAUGGUGAACCCA